AUGGAGCUAAAGGAUAGAAAAAAAAGAGAAGCUGAUAUAGAAGUAUUACCAAGUGUUUUAGAGAUCAAGCAAGAACUACAUGUGGACAGCCAUCCAUAUAUUGUCAAUAUAAUUUCAUCUGAAUACAUAAAACAAGAGGAGUUUACAGAAACUGAUGACACAAAAGCAAAUGUAUUGUCAACAUGUGAAAACAAAAAUCAUGAUUUAUUAUCAGAAUUUACAACACAUGUAGACAACAAACCAGAUAGACUUGAUUUAUUUUCAGUUUUUGAAGAUAUAAAACCUGAUGGUUUAAAUGCAGGGCUAAGCCUAUCACUAGAGACAACUCUAACUGACAAUAUUUCUAAUAUAAAGACAGAGUUAUCAACUGAUUUAUCAGAGCUAAAGAAUAUUCAGAUAAACAACAAUGAAAAUCAAACAUCAAAUCAGGUUGAAUUAUUAAAGCAGUGUAAGAAGAAAAACUUAAAAUCUUCAAUGUUUAAAACUCUUCUAGGAAAAUGUAAAGAAUCACACACAAGUGUGAGGACCAACCUUAUUAAACAUAAAGUAAUUCAUUCAGCAGUAAAGUCACAUGAAUGUUAUGUAUGUCAUAAAAUAUUUACUUCAAAGAGUAAUCUAAAUCAACAUAAAGCAAUUCAUUCAGGAGAAAAGCUGCAUGAAUGUGAUGCAUGUCGUAAAAGGUUUUCUAGAAAGUCCUCCCUAAACCAACACAGAGCAAUUCAUUCAGAAGAGAAGCUGCAUGAAUGUGAUGUAUGUCAUAAAAAGUUUUCUAGAAAGUCCACACUAAAGCUACAUAAGUUAAUUCAUUCCACUGAAAAGUUGCAUGAGUGUGAUGUAUGUCAUAAAAAAUUUGUUUCAAAGAGUCAACUAAAUCAACAUAAAGCUAUUCAUUCAGCAGAGAUGGUACAUGAAUGUGAUGUGUGCCAUAAAAAGUUUACUACCAGUUCUACUCUAAUUAAACAUAAAAUAAUUCAUUCAGCAGAAAAGUCUCUUCAGUGUGAUGUGUGUCAUAAAACAUUUACUACCAAGGGUAACCGAAAUCAACAUAAAACAGUUCAUUCAGAAGAAAAGCUUCAUGAAUGUGAUGUGUGUCAUAAAAGGUUUUUUAGAAAGUCUUACCUAAUGGAACACAGAGCAAUUCAUUCAGCAGAAAAGAAACAUGAGUGUGAUGUAUGUCAUAAAAAAUUUGCAAUAAGGACUAACCUAAAUCACCAUAAAGCUAUUCAUUUAGACGAGUGGCUACAUGAAUGUGAUGUGUGUCAUAAAAAGUUUUCUAGAACGUCAUACCUAAAGCAACAUAAAUUAAUUCAUUCCAAUGAAAAGUUACAAGAGCGUGAUGUACAUUAUAAAAAAUUUGCUUCAAAGAGUCAUAAAGUUUGCUACAAGGAUUUUCCAAAAAUCAACAUGAAGCUAUUAUGGAAAAGCACCAUAUAA